AUGGCCAAACCUCUGGACCACAUCAAGAGACCCAUGAACGCCUUCAUGGUCUGGUCCCGGGGGCAGAGGAGGAAGAUGGCGCUGGAGAACCCCAAGAUGCACAACUCCGAGAUCAGUAAGCGGCUCGGAGCGCACUGGAAGCAGCUGAGCGACGCAGAGAAGCGGCCGUUCAUCGAUGAAGCGAAGCGGCUGCGCGCGCAGCACAUGAAGGAACACCCGGACUACAAGUACAGACCGCGGCGCAAAGCCAAGAGCCUGCGGAGGGACAGGUACCUGUUCCCUGCGCUGCUGGACGACGCGCAGGACGCGUUUCUCACCGCAGCAGGAGAAAAGAAGAGUCUGCUGCCUCCGCGGCCCGCGGCGGCUCUGCUGGAGCAGAAUCUGCUCAUGGGUCACUUCAGCCACAACCCGGUUCCCUUCAGCGCCUUCGGGCUCCACUCGCACCACGCCCCGCCUCAGGCCCUUAGCAGCCCCCUCAGCGCAUGUCCCGGGGCCCACGGCGCUGGAUACAUGGUGCCGUGUGGAUGCGCGUCUCCCUGGGCCUCUCUGCAGCCUCAGGUGGCCUACAUCCUGCUGCCGGGUCCAGGAGGGGGCGCUAAAGGACUGGAGGGAUAUGGACCUCCCGCUGUGUGA